UCUUUUACGUUUCCCACACUCCCCCAUAUCGCUUUUGACAGCCAAAACCUGUUUUGGGCCAACAAAAAUCUAACCGAUAAAAGAGUUUGCUCAAAUAAGUGUUCAUCGCAUUAGAUCAGUAAACAGCGGUGUCAGUAGGUGUUGUGUCAUAGUCUAGUUCUGUCCAUCAGUAUUCAAAGCUGCAACCAUGUUGCUUUUCCUGCUGUUGUCGGUGGUCACGUUGACCUAUUUCUGGAUUGGAAGGCGAUACUCGUACUGGAAGCAACGCUCGAUACCCUACGUUGAACCUAGUUUCCCGCUAGGUAAUCUGCAAGGUCUCAACAAGCGCCACUUUGGACUGUUGGCGCAAGAUGUGUACUCAAAGCUGAAAGAAACCGGAGGCAAAUUCGGAGGAAUGUUCUUUUUCGUAAACCCGGUGGCGCUGAUCCUGGACCUCGAUUUCGCAAAGGAUGUGUUUGUAAAGGAUUUCCAAUACUUCCAUGAUCGUGGAGUAUACAGUAACGAAAAGGUAGAUCCCAUCACAGCUCAUUUGGUGGCGAUGGAGGGAACCAAGUGGAAGAACUUGCGAGCCAAACUGACUCCAACCUUCACUUCCGGAAAAAUGAAGAUGAUGUUUCCAACUAUUACGGCGGUUGCUGAGGAAUUCCGGAAAUGCAUGGUAAACGAAGUUGAUAAAGGACAAGAGGUUGAGAUGAAAGAGUUUUUGGCGAGGUUCACAACAGAUGUAAUCGGUAACUGUGCUUUUGGUUUGGAAUGCAACAGCCUUGUAGACCCUGAAGCUGAAUUUAGGAGAAUGGGCAGGAAAGCACUGACUCCCUCGCCGAUGGGUUUCUUGCGAAGGAUUCUAAGUGUCACUUUUCGAGAUGCGGCCAGGGCACUUGGUGUUAGAAUUUCCGAUCCAGAUGUUGCCGAUUUCUUUAUGAACGUAGUUAAAAGCACCAUCGAGUACCGAGAACGUAAUAAGGUUCAAAGAAACGACUUUAUGGACUUGCUCAUCAAAUUAAAGAACGCGGAAUCAGUGGAUGGAAAUCCUAGUCAACUUGAAGCAUUGACUUUCAAUGAAAUCGCAGCGCAAGCGUUCGUGUUCUUCAUUGCGGGUUUCGAGACAUCGUCUACGGCAAUGACGUUUUGUUUAUACGAACUGGCCAAAAAUCAGGAGCUACAAGAUAAAGCGCGACGCAACAUCAACGAAGUAUUGGCUAAGCACGGAUCAAUGACGUACGAAGCUGUACACGAGAUGAGGUACAUCGAAAACUGUAUCAAUGAAUCGCUUCGGAAAUACCCACCUCUGCCUAACAUUCUGCGUAAUGUAACCAAACCAUACCGGGUCGCAGGAAUGAAUGUCACACUGGAGAAGGACUGCCGUGUCCUUCUGCCCGUGUAUGCGAUCCAUCAUGAUGCGCAGCUCUACCCCGAUCCACAGCAAUACGACCCUGAUCGCUUCAAUCCGGACCAGUGUGCGGCUCGCCAUCCGAUGGCGUUUGUGCCGUUCGGCGAAGGACCCCGAAUCUGCAUUGGACAGCGCUUCGGUAUGAUGCAAGCCCGCGUUGGAUUGACUUAUCUGUUGAAGAACUUUCGCUUCACGCUAUCGGAGAAGACGCCUAGUCCGCUGAAUAUACUGGCAAACAGUACGGUGCUAGCUUCCGAGGGUGGACUUUGGUUGAAGCUUCAGAAGCUAUAAUACGGUUUUUGAACGGGACAGAGAAAGUAAACUGUGUUUUGGUUAUGCUAUAUCGCAAGUGUAAAGUGCUGAUUUGAUUCGGUAGUUCAACAACAGCUUCUGAACAUUUAAUUAAUUAGCACAUAAUUGGCGAUAACAUAUUAAAAUAAAAAAGAUUCCAUCUUAAUGGUGAUGCAAACUUCGAA